UUUUCUUUAUCCUUCCCUUCCAUCAUUUCAUUUCAUUUCCUCUCUCUCUCUCUCUCUCUCUCUCUGUCUGCAAGUCCCUCCUCUUCUUUUCUUUUCUCUGAAUUUUUUUUAAAAAAAAUGGAAUUUAACAGAUUUACAAUUUUCUGGUAUUAUUAUUCAAUCUCAAUAAUUUUUUCCACUCAUCAAUUUUUUCCGUUAGUCGAAUCAUCAAUAUUUUCAGGCGAUCAUCACGACUGUUCAUUUUUGGACCCUAGCUGCGUCUUAAACUGUAACCCAGAGCAACAACAACGACAAAGGAAUCAUAGCAGACUCACGAAGACAGCACCGGCGGCGACGGCUGCGCUGUCUUCUUCAAGCAGUUGCGAGGUUUGGAGCCAAGCGUGUUCGAAAGCUGUUUUGAGCUUGGCGAAACAUCCGGAGACGGUUAAGUGGUUGAAGAGGCUGAGGAGGAGAAUCCACGAGAAUCCAGAGCUGGCUUUUGAGGAAUUCGAGACGAGCCGGCUGAUUCGGGAUGAGCUGGACAGGUUGAAGAUCAGCUACCGGUUUCCGUUGGCCAAGACCGGCAUUCGAGCUUGGAUCGGAACCGGCGGUCCACCUUUUAUCGCCAUCAGAGCUGACAUGGAUGCUCUCCCUAUUCAGGAAGCUGUAGAGUGGGAGCACAAAAGCAGAGUUGCCGGAAAAAUGCAUGCUUGUGGGCACGAUGCACAUGUGACUAUGCUUGUUGGAGCUGCUAAGAUCUUGAAGAGCCGUGAGCAUCUUUUGAAGGGAACUGUAGUAUUGAUAUUCCAACCAGCAGAGGAAGCUGGUAACGGUGCAAAAAGGAUGAUAGGAGAUGGGGCUUUGGAUGACGUGGAGGCCAUCUUCGCCGUUCAUGUCUCUCACGAGCAUCCAACGGCCACCAUUGGAUCGAGACCAGGUCCAUUACUGGCUGGUUGCGGUUUCUUCAGGGCUGUGAUCAGUGGACAAACGGGUCGGGCCGGAAACCCACACCAUUCUGUUGACCCGGUUUUGGCAGCCUCCGCAGCUGUAAUCAGCUUACAGGGAAUUGUGUCACGUGAAGCCAAUCCACUGGACUCCCAGGUUGUGUCGGUGACUUCGUUCAACGGAGGCAAUAAUCUAGACGAGAUACCAGACACAGUGGUCCUAGGUGGCACUUUCAGGGCUUUCUCAAACACCAGUUUCUACCAACUCCUUCAGAGGAUAGAAGAGGUAAUUGUGGCCCAGGCAAUGGUAUACAGAUGCUCAGCAACAGUGGAUUUCUUUGAGAAAGAGUACACAAUAUACCCACCAACUGUGAACAAUGAAAAGAUGUUUGAGCAUGUGAGAAAAGUGGCCAUUGAUUUGGUUGGUGAAACCAAUUUCAGAGUCGUACCACCGAUGAUGGGUGCAGAGGACUUUUCUUUCUUCUCAGAGGUUGUCCCUGCAGCAUUUUUUUACAUAGGUGUAAGGAAUGAAACUUUGGGUUCCAUACACACAGGCCAUUCUCCAUAUUUCAUGAUCGAUGAAGAUGUUCUACCAAUUGGUGCAGCAACUCAUGCCACCAUUGCAGAAAGAUACCUCAACGAGCACAGAUAAUGAUAAUAAUAAUAAUGCUUGGAUAGAGAUUUCUCUCUCAGAAUUUCCAUGGCUUUUUGUUUUUUUUUUUUUUUUUUUUUCCCAUAAGAAGCUCUCUGAAUUUUUAUCCACUUGGGAGGGAAAGGUUUGGAAUGGGAGGGUAUAGAACUUUGUCCCUUCAUAUAAUGGUGUAAAGAAUCAUAGUACCGUGUUUUUCUGCUGCUAGGAUGUAGAUUUCAAGUUUGUAAUACUAACUAUUAUUGUUUUCUUUUUA